AUGACAAUCAAAUUAAAGCAGGAUGUACAAACCCGAUGGAAUUCAACGUUUUAUAUGUUUGAAAGACUUUUGAGAGUAAAAGUGCAAUUGUCCGCGACAUUAUCUAUUUUAGACUCUCCUCCACCCAACUUAGAAGCAGCCCAGUGGCAAAUCCUAGAAGACUCCGUAGCCAUUUUGCAGCCUUUCGAAAAAAUUACAGCUGUGCUGUCUGCGGAAUCAUAUCCUACCCUAUCUUGCAUAAUACCAUUAGUACGGGGGCUACAAAACUCGCUAAACAAAAGGACCCCGAUCACCGAUGCCGGCAAGCACCUACAACGGGCUUUAUUAGAAGUGGUAGACAAGCGAUUAAGUGUUUACAAAUCCAACAGAACUGCGGCAAAAGCAACCCUCCUCGACCCGCGCUUCAAAAAGAAGGCUUUCGGCCUUGAUAGCACGGCUGAAAAUGCAGUAAAGCACGUAACCGAAGAAUUGGCGUACUACAUUACCCACGAGCCAGAUUACGUCCUAACUGAGCCACCAGUAGCAGACACGAGUACCACCAAUGUACCACCACUUAGCAACGCCGACGAGAUCUGGGAGGACUUUGACAAAAAGUUAACGGAGAGCGUUAUGCAGCAAACUCCGAUCUCGUCGGCAACAACUUUGCUGAAGCAAUAUUUAGACUUGCCGUAUCUGGACAGAAAACAAGAUCCUCUGCAAUUCUGGGCAGAGCGGCAGCAACUUUUUCCAAGCCUCAGUCAAAUGGCGUUUAAAUAUUUGUGCAUACCAGCUUCCUCGGUGCCAUCUGAAAGACUUUUUUCUAAAGCCGGUUUGUCCAUAAUUAAGUACGUAUAA